AUUCACGACGGUCGGACCCACCGAGGCUUGGGGGGUUCCUGUUUAAAAAACUCCUCUCCGUCCCAAAUUUCUCUUCUCUCCUCCCUUCUUUUCCUUCCUCAUCAUCAGUAUGGGUUAAAUCUACAUCGUCAAAUGUUUAUUUAAUACCAAACAAUGGAGGCUCCACUACGGUGGCUUGCUGAGGGUUAUCUUCUCCUUUACGCCUUGGGUUUCCUUCCGUUCCCGGCCUCCUCCAGCAAACCUCGAAAGCGCCCUUCCCAAUACAGCCGCCGACGCCAGCUCCUCCUGGUUCGCGACUGUGGGGUGUUUCCUACAUUUACAGACGAGUCCGUCCUUGCUUUUCAACCCAUAGAUCCAUCGCUUGGUCUCGGCGGUAUAUGUGUACUCGGCGAUCCACCGCUCCUAGUAGCCCGCCCCAAGUAGCAUCGAGGAAAGCUCAAAAGCUGCCUGAUGAGAAACCUGCCCAACUCGAGGGCAGGUAAGAGCUUGAAAUUUUGUAGCACAUCUUGGAAAGAGCAAACAGUAAUGAAGGCCUCGGUGAGCCUUUCCACGAGGUUUCAAUGUUACUUUGCCGCACCCUUGGGUCUGCCUACCAUAUUCUUGUGGCUCCUCGGAGCAUGUUUUCAAGUUGGGUGGGGUCAGGAUAGUGCGCGCGAAUACGUAGGCAGAUAUAUCGAAGCAAGCA